CAGAAUGGCUAAUAGUUUAAUUUCUCUCAUUCAACAGGAGCUGCUGAGACAGCUCGGAGAGAUUCAGAAUGUUGGAGCGAUUCAUUUCUUCUGCAACUAUGAGGAGAGCAGGGGAAACUACCUGGUGGACGUGGACGGCAACCGAAUGCUGGACGUGUACACACAAAUCUCCUCCAUCCCCAUCGGUUACAAUCAUCCAGCAUUAAUGAAAGUGAUGACCAAUCCAAAUAAUGUGAGUGCAUUUGUCAACCGGCCGGCGCUUGGUAUUCUGCCACCUGAGAACUUUCCAGACAAACUGAUCGAGAGCCUGCUAUCGAUUGCCCCCAGCGGGAUGACGCGAGUACAAACCAUGGCCUGUGGUUCCUGCUCCAAUGAGAAUGCUUUCAAGACCAUGUUUAUCUGGUAUAGAAAUAAGGAGAGAGGAUACGCCAACCCCUCUGAGCAGGAAGUCGGCACUUGCAUGAUCAACCAGAGUCCUGGAUGCCCAGAUUUGAGCAUCUUGUCUUUCAUGGGAGCUUUCCAUGGGAGAACUUUGGGUUGCCUGGCUACAACACAUUCCAAAGUCAUUCACAAGCUGGAUAUACCGUCCUUCGACUGGCCCAUCGCACCCUUCCCUAAACUGCAGUACCCUCUGGAGGAGUUUGUGAGGGAGAACGCCCAGGAAGAGGCCCGCUGCCUGGAGGAGGUUGAGGAUCUCAUCGUGAAGUGGAGGCAGAAGGGCAAACCAGUGGCUGGCAUUGUGAUCGAGCCCAUCCAGGCAGAGGGAGGGGACAACCACGCUUCACCUGACUUCUUCAUCAAACUGAGAAAUAUUGCACGCAAGCAUGGCUGUGCUUUCCACGUGGAUGAGGUGCAGACAGGUGGAGGAACAACAGGAAAGUUCUGGGCCCAUGAGCAUUGGGGCCUGGACGACCCUGCUGAUGUUGUCUCCUUCAGCAAGAAGCUGCUGACAGGAGGAUACUACCACAGGGAUGAACUGCAACCAGACAAACCCUACAGAAUCUUCAACACGUGGAUGGGAGACCCCUCAAAGAAUCUGUUCUUAUCAGAGGUGCUUAAUGUGAUCCGAAGAGAGAACCUUCUGGAAGAGGUGACGCGCUCAGGGAAGGCUCUUCUACAGGGCCUUUACGCACUGCAGACCCAGUAUCCUCAUAUCCUGAGCAGAGCCCGCGGCCAGGGUACAUUCUGUGCCAUAGACGCCUGCAAUGAUGCCACACGCGACAGUAUCAUGAUUAAAGCCAGGAACAAGGGUCUGUUUAUGGGUUCCUGUGGCGAAAAGACCAUCCGUUUCCGUCCCACUUUGGUCUUCAAGGAGUACCAUGUCCAUCAGCUCCUGAACAUCCUGAACGACGUCCUGGCUGAGCAUAAAUAGAGUUCUGGCUGCCAGGUCGGCCUUGAUUACGGAGCAUAUAGGGGUCCAAGCCCACUCAAGGGUUUAUAGCAGCCUGUCACAAUUAAUUGGUCACUGUCUCUCUCUCUCUCUCUUUUCAUUCACUCUCUUCCUGUCAUUACUAAUUAAGAAGGAUAGAAAUCUGUUUUCUAUCUCUUUUUAUUUAGCCGACAGAUUUCAGCCCCAUCACCAUAUUUCUCGUCUUUUACUGACAGAUUGAAGAUCUGAAGGAGUUUGCAGGAAAUAACCCACUCAAAUUAUACAUUUAACUAAAUCCCUCCUGAUGACAUUUCAACUUUGUGAACGUCCUACAAGCCGUCAGCAAGUCAGUUGAAUAAAGCAAUAUAGUGACACACAGAGACAGGACAGGAUUUCUAAUCACAAUAUUUCAUAUAUCUCUUUAUGUAUCAAAUAAAGUCCGUAGCAUUUGGAAGGUGACAUGAAAAGAUUAAUGAUCUAAUUAUGUAUGAUACCAAAACUACAGAAAAGAAGCUAUUGUCUGGUUGAUUAUAUCAUUUAUGGAGAUAAAAUCGAACUAUUUUAGUAUCUAUAGAUAAUAAUAUCUGCAUUGAAAUGUCUAAAGUGUGAAAUUUUGCAUGACGGAAGAUUGAAUUUACAGAGUACCCGUAUAUAACCGUCCUCUCUGAAUUAAAAGCAUGUGUGAAAGACAAAUCGUUGAAGCAGCGUUGGCCUCGCUGCAUUCUGAGGCACUAGAGCGAGCCAAUGGAAAGCUGGAAAAAGUGAAAGUGCAGAGAACCGUAGAGCCUCUAUUCCCAUUUUAAUAAGACGUCUGUUGAGAUGAAAACCAAUAAGCAAGUUCCUUUAUUGAGGUGGCUGCUUUACUGUCAUUGCUCAGUCAUAAAGAACCAUUGCCAUUACUGAGACACGAGGCCUCUCAUUUGAAUCCCGGUGAGAGAUAUAUGAGCGCAGUGUUUCCAGCACAAACAUUUAAAGCACAACCUGGUGUGGUAACGUGAGGGCUGAUAUUUUCUACAAUCUAACAGAAUUAAUAUGGUGAAUGAAAGGCCAUAAAUCUGUAUUUUUCAAAGCCAAACAUCCACCUAACAAUAGUAAUCUGUAAGGAAGCAUGUUUGAAAAGCACAAGCUUGAGGCCACUCCUCUGCUCAGGUGAACAUGAUCCCCUCGUGUUUCUCAUUACAGGCAAGAAAAAAAAGGUAUAUUGUUCUGCUGGAUAACAACUACAAGGUCAUCUUCACUUAAUGGUUAUCACAGCCUGUAAACGUUUCUGAUCUUUGGGGUGAUUCUCCUCUUCCAGUUGCUCCGAGCCGACAGAGUAAACGUCCCUUCUGCUUGAUUAAAACAAACCUUUUUAAACACUUAAACCCCAGUAUGUACUUACUGUAGUGAGAUUAUGCAAUGCUCAUUGUGUAAGUUUUGUCUGUGAACACUAAAAUGUUUCCAGCCGCAUCGGAAUCAAGUUUCUUAUUUAACUGACAUUAACGCAUCAAAUAUUAAUAUGUACGAAAUCAAACCCUCUCUAACACGGUGUUAUUCUUUCGUGAUAUUGUGUCCCAUAUGUUAGUGUAAUGUAGAAAUGUACUUCAUGUUGUUUUGGGUGUCUUUAAACAUUCCUUUUAAUGUUGCGAGCAGGCAGCGUGCAUAGCAGCAAUCGGGAGUUGCGAAAGCUGUGUCUGUACUCGGCAAAGUCAGUAUUUAAUUGAGAAAUGUGUAUUAUUUACAGACACUAACAAUUAGGUCUAUAUAAUAAAUGCAGAUGUUUACAGUUGUGUUGUACAAAUAGAAAGAAAUUGAUGUGAUUUCUACAUGAAAUCUAAAUGUUGUCUGAGGAAGCUAUAAAAUAAAUGUUAAAAUAAAUCUGACAUUUUGAUUAAUC